GCCCGCGAGAAGCAGCUCUACGAGAUUAUUGCGAACCUGAAGAAGGAUUCGGAAGAGAAGUCGCGACCCAGCCGGAACGAUUCGGUGACAUCACUUGCCAGCAGUGUGCAGACCCGAAGCACGAGCCCGCCUCCCGUGGAGGAUGCAAAGCCGCCAGAGCCUUCCUCGACUGCGGGCGCACUAGAGCCGGAUGAGGAGGACGAGGUAGAGCAGAGCGCAGUGUACAAGAAACUGUAUGCCCGAAUGGAAGCUAAGAUCAGAAGGAUGUGCACUCCCACUCCUGGGAGUGGGAAAGUAUCUGGGGCCCCGGAACUAGUCGCGGACUGGAAACAGAAAGGGUACAAACGUACCCAGCUCGUCAAACUGAUGAUUGAGGCAGAUGGUGACAAGGCCGAUUUCCAGUCCAAGGUGGAAUCGUGGCGCAAGACGGAGCAGUUUAAGCGAAAAGUGAUGAAGGUGAAGGAGUUCUGUGAGAAGCAUGGCUAUGUUCGGUCCAACCAGUACGACUCUGAGGAGCUGGAGUACUGGGUCGAUUUCAGGACAGAAGGCAGCCGUGGAUACUCGGAAACCGACGGUGUGCUGGAAAGCCGUGCUGCUGACACUACGGGUGCGAAUGGGUUUGCUAUGCCGGGAAUCAAUGAUGAUCCUAUGUGUGAGCUUCCUGUUCAAGGGUCGGGGGCUCCGGGGCUCCAGAAGGAGAGUGACAAGGGCGAGCUUGUCGUGUCGAAGAUUAUGGACGAGGCUAUCCAGACUCGUAGGAGUUUGGACAAACUCGUUGCAAAGCUGAAGAAAGAGAACGGCCACAAAAAGGAUAUCAGCAGCAUGGAGGAUUGCCAGAGCAAGCUCAGCGAGCUCUACGACGACCUCGCCGGGAUCCAGGCUGAGGUUAAGGUUAAUGGUAUGAACGAGAAGUUGCAGCAGCAGCUGGACGAGAAGGUCAAAGCUGUAAAGCGGCAGACUCUUAGCUGGUCAAUGGUUGUUGCCAAUAGGUGUGUUCUCGCGGUAUCUUGUGAGAUCAAGAACAAGUCCCUCAAGCGCAAGGAUACCGACGAGAAGGAGAAACCUGUCCCGGCGAAGGACAUUGUCGAGAGAGCCAGAGCCUCCCAGCGGGAUGGAGAUCUGUUGUGUGCUACUUGCAAAGCUGUAGCUGCUAUCCCAGAUGGUCACGAGGAGUCGGGUGUCUACAAUGCUCUGCUGCAGACGAAACUUCUAGUGGCAAUACCAUGGACAUAUGUCAAUAUCGGAGACGGCCCACUGGAGCAACACCCGUGCUUUUGUCCAAAGGAUUUUAUAAAGACUAUGGCAGAUUUGAAUCGCUUCCACUGUGUUGUAGGUACGGAGCUGGCAUCUGCGCCGGCAGUACUGAAGGAUUUUUGGUGCAACUUCAAGAAGGAAUUCGCCACCCAUCCUAUUGCAGCAAUGAAUGACCUGGACACAGAACACCUUGUGCCUUUAAGUCUUCAUGGGGAUGGCGGGCGCACCUAUAAAAAGUCCGAGCUGAUGAUCCUUCAGUGGCAGCCUGCGAUAGGGGCCGGGACUUCAAAGACGAAGAGUUCCAGCAACAAGCGCAAACUUCCGGGUGACAUUGAUGCUGCUGGGGUGAACCUAUUGGGGCAUAGUCUGGCUACAAGGUAUCUGAUGAGUGUGCUACUGAAGAAGCACUACAUCGAGGAUUCUGCUCCUCUUCAGUCCCUCCUCGGAUGUAUUUCGGACUGGUUUGGGGAUCUGUGGACGAAUGGCUAUGAGUUCCAGGGGCAGGUCUGGCGGUUUAUCCCGUUGGGCCUCAAGGGGGACUUAGUCUUCCAAGCGAAGGCAGCUAACCUACUGCGAUCCUUCACCCGUGUUCGUAAGAAGGCCAAAACCUCGAAAUCGAAAGCGCUCGACGGAUGCUGCCCGUGGUGUUUGGCGGGAACGGAGGCAUUUCCCUUUGAAUGCUUUGAUAAAGCUGCUGGUUGGAUGCAAACUGCCGGGGCCCGGAACCCACUGCCGUGGACUGUUCCGCCUUCAAUCUUGAGAGCAAUCCCACACGAUCCUGAUCAACCGAGCUUCCUGAAACCGGACCUCUUCCACGUCUUGCAGAUGGGGGUAUACAAGGAAUAUGCGGCCAGUGGACUUUGCAUGUUGCUGCCGCAUUGUGGUGGAACCUCCAAUGAUGACAACAUGACACGGAUGAACCGAUAUCUCCAUGAGUACUGCAAGGAACGAAAGACGAAUCUACAUCUGGCAAAGCUCAGUUUGGAGCUGAUUGGUGCAAAAACUCCCAACACAUAUGCCUGUGGUGGCUGGAACAAGGGACAGGAUUCGGUGACUUUGAUGGGCUUUGUGCCGUGGAUUUCAUCGGACACGUGGCUCGACUAUUGCGAGCUUUUGAUUAUUGUAGCUCGAAUCCCAGCUCCAGAAGGGCCGAGCCUGGUUGUGCAGCCACCGCAGCAGAGUGCGCAGGAGUGGAAAUGCCAUGGUCCAAUGGUCCAAUGGGCUGUUCGAGGGUUUUUUUGGGGCUUCGAGGGUCUUUUGGGGGCUUUCGUGGUAGAUGAUAGACUUUGA